AUGAUUAGCCUUACUUCAGGUUUUUGUCCUUUCGUCGAAUCAAGAAGCCAGGAAAUCCAGAUAGAGUAUGAUACAGUGGAAUACGUAGACAGGACAGGGAAUGAAUUGCUUGCCAACUGGAAGUGCUCAAUUCAAGAAAAAGAGGAAGCAAUCCAAACAUCCUCCAAAAAACUACAAAACAUGCAACCGAGCAAACUUUCCGAGAAUAGGCUCAGGCAAGAAAUAGAGCAAUACAUCGAUUAUAUAGAGGCUGACAGACAUGUCAUGAAGCGAUGCAUGCACAAUCUACAAAUUUCCAUGAAAGAUAGGCUGCAUUUCUUAAAGAAACAGAAACAGUUUUUUCUUGAUAAAAAGAAAACCCUGAAAAAUGUUUACAAAACAAUUGAAAGGAGCAACCGCUCAAAUAUUCCAAAUCCUUUUCCACAAUUCAUUCUAGACGUCAAACGCGAACAUUACCAACUGUUCAACGAGGAACUUCUGAUUUCACCAAAUGGUAGCUUAAAAAAGUAUAAAAGAAAAAUGACCGAAGCCAACGCUGUCAUUAUUGAUGACACCACGUUUUAUAUUGGGAGAACUGGAAGAACAAACGUAAUGACACCAAUUCAUGAAAAUAUACUAGAAUCAGACAAGUGCAUUACCGGCGAGUGUGUUGACUCCUGCUGCACAUUGCGUAGGUCCGACUCAGAAAUAAGUUUUCUGAAUCAUGAAUUUGAAAUUGAGUAUCACAUGAGUGAACUAUCUAUGGAAAGCAAGGACACUGAAAAUUGUUCUAAAAAUGAGGAAAUACAAAGGAACGAGCCCAAAACACAUGAUAAGAGAUCGAACAUUCCUGUUCCAGUAAAACUGCCACAAUUGCUAGCUAACAAGAAAAUGAAAUACGAGGACAAGUCACCAUCUUCUCCAGUAAAACUACCACUACUGCCACCAACCAAGAAGAUGAAAUACGCGGAAGAUUCGUUCUCAGAGACUCCAAAACACCAGCAACCUAACAAGAAGAUAAUAUACCCGAAAGAACUCUCUGACACUACUGGUAAACUACCACCAUUAUUACCCGACAUAGAGAAAACAUGCAUGCAAGAACACCCCUUCACUAAUCGCCCUGGUACUCCAAAACUGCUACCACCAUUACAGAACUUGCCACAAAACAUCAAAAAGACAUUAAUCAUAAACAAGAUUAGGGAUGAAAAGAAAGAUAAAAGUAAAGUUAUGUCAGCAGAAUUAUUGUCUAAACCAGCACCACAGCAUCCACCUGAGACAACAGCUUCCAAUGAAAUUUUAGAUAUGAGCCCAGAAUUAGGUUCUAAAAGGCCAAAAUGGAAAAGUCAGUAUAGAACUUUUAAGCUGCAAAAGACAUCUCGUAAAAAUUACUACGCCAGUAAUAGAAAAUACCGAUUUUCCAGGCUGCAUCUUUCAUCUGGUAAAAAAUGCUAUAUCCCUAAAAGCAACAGGGAUAAAGUAAGCUACAUGGUUUACGAAAGAUACUGCACCAAAGGGAAACAAAACAGGAAUCUAGGAAAGCAAACAGAUAGAGAAAAACUAGACAGAUACCCAGAACAAGAUCAAAUUCAUACAUUGCCACGAAAUAUGAGAGAGACAUAUAUUUUAAAAAAGAUCAGGGAUGAAAAGAAAGAGAAAAAUAAAGUUAUUUCAACGCAAUCAACGUCUAUAUCACCUCCACAGAAAACUGCUGAGACAACAGCAAACGGUGGAACUUUAGAUAUGAACUCAGAACUAGCUUUGAAAAGGGCAAAAUGGGAGAAUAACUUUCCAAAUUUUAGGCUGAAAAAGGCAUCUGGUCAAUAUUGCAACAUCUCUGAGAGAAAGUAUCGAUUUUCAAGGCUGCAUAAGUCAUCUGUUAAAAAUUGUUUUAUACCAAAAAGCAAAAGUGACAAAAUAUUAAUUUUAAAAAACAUGAGGAAUGAAAAGAAAGAGAAAAGUGAAGUCGUGAAAUCAAUGCCUGUUUCAGCUCCACAGCAUGCCGAUGAGACAAACACUUCCAAUAAAAAGUCUGAAUCAGCUCCACAGCAGGCCGAAGAGACAACAGCUUCUAAUAAAAUGUCUAUAUCAGCUCCACAGCAGGCCGAAGAGUUAAAAGCUUCCAAUGAAAUGUCCAAACCAGCACCAGAGCAGACUGGUGAGACAACAGUUUCACAUAAAAAGUCUGAAUCAGUUCAACAGCAGGUUGAUGUGACAUCAGAUUCCAAUAAAAUGUCAGAACCAGCACAACAGCAGACUGUUGAGACAACAGCUUCUAAUAAAAUGUAUAAAUCAACACAAAAGCAUGCCGAUAGGACAACAGCUUCAAAUGAUACCACAAGAAAUCAAAACAGGAAUAUCAGAGAGCAGAAAGAAAGAAAAAAAUCGGUCAACAACUUAGAACAAGACCAAUUUCAUAGUUUGAUGGAUAUUGCAGUGGAUGAUAAAUAUCCAACUGAAGACAUCAUUCAAAAGCUGGAUGAUAAUGAACUGAUAGGGUUUUAUCAGGUGCAAGAAAAAGAUCUGUUUCCUGUCCUUGAAAAUAUGAGUGAGAGCAAAAUCAUAGAAGUAUUCAAGAAACUGCAUGAUCAGCAUAUUGCAGUCAUUAAUUGUUUAAGCGAUACCGUAGAUGAAACCCAAAGCUCGAGCUCUGGAAGUACAAUAAAUGACUUUCAAGAUGCAGGAGAAAAUGGUGGUACAUUGAAAUCAACAAUGAAAACAUUUGCUAAAAAACUUAUUCCAGAUUGCAUAACGAACGGUAACCAAUGUCAACCAACAGAAACUCUUUCUUCAAAUUGGCAAAUUAUAAAAGUCCUCUCUGGAACGAAUAUCAAGACACAACAUAUUUCUAUGCCACCCGCACAAUUUAUUCCUAUGCCACCCAAUACACCAAAACCAAAAACAUCAAACGCCAGACGUAAACGAUAUGGCCUAAAAAAGGAUGAAAAUAACAAUCCACCAGAAUCUUAA